AUGAUUGCGCCUCCUCUCACGGUCGAGACAAAGUACGGCCCGUGGUCGGCUAUAGCGAUACGUAACCGCUCAGUAAUGAGUCGACGGCCAAGCUUGAUCCUGCUCGCGGAGGAAGAGCGCCGGUGUUGAAAUGGCUGGUGAGUCGGUGACAGCUCUCUGCAAUCCCGUGUUGUGUAUCGGGCUGCUAGCUUAAGCUCGACCGCGCCGUACUCACUGGCACAAGCUCCCCCACUUGUAGCCUCGCAAAAUCUUCACAUCUUCAUGUUCUUGAGCACGAUAACUCCUCGAACUUUCACUCAUUAUCACAAUUUCAUGACUGACUUGGUCACAGGGCGUCCCGUACGGACAAGUAGGUCGCUGGGAGCGUCCAGUGACCCCUAAAUCUUGGACCGAGCCACUCGAAUGCCUCGAAUUCGGCGCCAAAUUCCCUCAACCUGAGAGCCCAGCGGGCGAUUUGCAAGUCAGAUCUUGA